AUGGCUCGUAUCAACUUGUUUAUUGUCGCGCUUGCGGCUCUUGCCAUCGUUAUUCGAGCAGUGCCUGUUGGAGUGCCUGCUCUUCAUUUUACUCUCCGCCAGGUUCCAAACCCUGAGCAUAUCGCUCGUUCUCCCGAAGAGAUCUAUGCUCGUGCCCUAGCAAAGUACGGCUAUGACAGUCCUGCCAUCUUGAUACGCGAAUCUGCUCCGCUUAAUGGCUCUGUCAUUACAAACCCGGAGAAAGAUGAUGAGUCGUACCUUAGCCCUGUCAUUGUUGGUGGCCAAACAAUGCUCGUUAAUAUUGACACUGGCUCAUCCGAUUUUUGGGUGUUCUCUUCUCUUCUUAGGCCAAACCAGAAGGAAGGGCACAUCAUUUACACUCCUGGGCCUGAAGCCAGAGAACUGGUUAAUCAUACCUGGGAUAUUGGCUAUGGAGACGGUUCCUUUGCAUUUGGAAAAGUAUUUCUAGACAAAGUCGAACUUGGUGGUAUCUCCGUUCCAGAUCAAGCUGUUGAGGCUGCUACUCGUGUCAGCCCAACCUUUGUCGAGGAUAGAAACAACAGCGGCAUUAUGGGCCUUGGAUUCGGUAAUCUUAAUAUGGUUCGUCCUCGGAAGCAAAAGACUUUCUUUGAAAACGCAAUGGCGCAUCUCUCUAUGCCCGUUCUUGCAGCAUCUUUAAAACAUGGUGCUCCAGGUACUUACGAUUUCGGCUUUAUUGAUAGAAAGAAGUAUGCCGGUGAGCUUGCUUACCUUCCUGUCGACAAUACCGAGGGAUACUGGAAUGUUACCGUAGCUGGGUAUCAAAUUGGACGUAAUGGCAACAAGAUGAAUAUAACUUUUUCUGCCCUUGCCGAUACCGGAACUACUCUCGCUCUUCUUCCGGAACCUAUCGUAAAUGCAUAUUACUCACAGGUUACUGGCGCGGAGCAUGUUUACAAACGCGUUUGGUAUUUUCCUUGCAACGUCACCGUCCCAGACUUUGGUUUGGUUAUCAAUGACAAUUACACUGCCUUCAUUCCUGGGGAGUUCGUCAAAUACGCCACUCCAUCAGUGGUGAAAGAAAGCUGCUACGGAGGGAUCCAGGCAUCCAGAAACGGCGCCAUCCUUGGUGGCAUGUUUCUAAAGAGUCAGUAUGCUGUCUUUGAUUAUGGACAGGUAAGACUAGGACUUGCUCCACAGGCUGAGGGGAACAAGACCUGCAGCAAGUGCUUGGUCAAGACUGCAUAA